AGCAGCAGCAGCCGUGGUUGCUUCUACCUCUCUCUCUCUCUCUCUCUCUCUCUUCCCGAAAGGAAGACAAUAUGGUAGCUGCAAAGGAGACUUUUUCGCCAUUUCUCUUCUUUCGUCCAAAGGUCUCUGCAGAAGGCUGUUUUUGUUGGCCCAAAAGACCCCGGGAUUCUAAACCGUGCUGAAGUUUCGGAAGUCGGACCUUCUUUUCUUCUUGUCGUUCUUGGAAGGGAUUUACGCUCUUUUGGGUUCAAUCGUUUUAUUUUUUCCUUUCAAGUUCUCUUGUCACAGCAGCUUCCAUGAAAUCGUCAUAUUAUGUAGGUUUUUUCAGGUUAUCUGCUUGCUUUUAAGGUGUGAAAUGGGGAGUUCGCGGCACUUGGGCUGUGAGUUUCUGUGUUCAUUUCCGGGUCUACGAGGAGAUUUACUUUCACAAAAUCAAGCAUCUGAGUGGAAUUUAGCAUUUGUCUAGUUUCUUUCUUACUCAGGCUUCUGUCGAUUAUCCUUCAAUACCAACUUUUUGGAAAAAAAAAAAAAGUGCCAUCUCCCGUCCCUGUUGGUUAUUCCAUCAUUGUCUUUAUAUGGUUUCUUUUGCGUAAUCAAAAUGCGGAAGUUGGAAGUUACCUAUCCUGCAUCAUUUUGGACACCAUUUGUGGAUUUUUUCCGACGCUUUGAUCAAGAUUGGGAAACGAUGGGGUGUUCUAGUGGCCAUAAUUUGGUGGAUUUUGUUUCUUGGGGAUUUUCAACCCUAAAAUAUAAUGGGUUUAAGAUCAUGCAAUUUCGGUGCUCAACCUCCGUCUCCCUUGUUCUCUACUUUUAAUGGUGGAAACGUUUGGUGGGAAAGCUCGUUUUUUUGCUUCUCCCUCGUGGUAGUGGUUCUCUGUGGUUUUUUACUCUCUCUCUCUCUCUCUCUAGUGUUGGAUCGUUUACCUCCUACCUAUAUACCAUUUUUGUUGAGUUUCAAUCAGUUAAAUUUUGAGACGUUCUUCUUGUUUGCCUGGUUCUAUUCAUGCAUUGUGCAUCAGAUUCUGGUUUCCUUUUCUCCUUGAAAACUCUGUUAGAUAACAUGGUAGAGCCGUUCAUCUUUGAGAUGGUACCAAGUUUAUGCUAGGGGUUGCCUAUGUGUGCUUUUGAAGGUUGUGAACUAGCAUGGUGAACAAUUGAGCUAUGGUCACGUACUUGAGUGCGUUCGCAAAAGCUAACCUCCAACGGGAAUGGCGUUAUCAGGGUCAUCCUCAUAUUAUAUGCAGCAAAAAGGUAUUUGCAGCUCGGGUACUGGAAUUCAGAUUGGCUUGCAUGGUCAGGACGGGCUACGCCCUCUACCUAGUUCUGGUUAUACUGUUCAGUCCAAUGCCAGCAGUUCUGUCGCUACGUAUCCUGUUGAAUCGCCAGCAACAACAGUUUCGCCUCAUGGUGUUAGCACGGGCAUGUCGGGAGGGGUGGUGUCAUCAGAGCCAGUGAAACGAAAGAGAGGUAGGCCAAGAAAAUAUGGCCCAGAUGGGACAAUGGCAUUAGCAUUAAAACCUCUUUCUUCAGCCACACCACCAUCAGCAACGCCACUGCAGAAGCGGGGUAGAGGGCGGCCACCAGGAUCUGGGAGGAAGCAGCAACUAGCAGCAUUUGGGGAAUGGCUUGCAGGAUCGGCUGGAAUGGGCUUUACUCCACAUGUCAUAACAAUCUCUACAGGAGAGGAUGUUUCCGCAAAGAUGAUGUCCUUUUCUCAACAGGGGCCUAAGGCUGUCUGUAUCUUGUCUGCUAGUGGUGCUGUCUCUACAGUGACACUUCGCCAGCCAUCAACAUCUGGUGGUACUGUUACAUAUGAGGGUCGCUUUGAGAUACUGUGCCUGUCAGGAUCUUAUCUAUCAUCCGAAAAUGGUGGCACACACAGCCGUGUUGGUGGCCUGAGUGUCUCUCUUGCUAGUCCUGAUGGUAGAGUUAUCGGUGGUGGUGUUGCUGGUCUCCUUAUUGCUGCCAGUCCUGUUCAGGUAAUAGUUGGAAGCUUCAAUUAUGGGGCACAAAAAUCACAACAAAAGCAAGGGAGCAGUGGUCCAGUCCCUCCAGAGUCUCUCAUGGAUUCUGAUGUUAGCACAUUUGAGAAAGCUGGAUCCGCUGGCAUCCUACACAGUGAAGGACCUGGCAUUGUGUCUCAAGCUGAGUGGUCUGGAUCUCGCUCUGGGGACAUCAGAAGCUCACACAGAGACAUCGACUUAACAUGUGGUUGACCUCAUUUCUACUGGGCCAGAUUUUUGGUCUGGCUGAUGGUGGUUCAGCAUGUAGAUGAAUACUAGGCAGUGUUUGUGAAAGCUGAUGUGUGUUUGGUAGGUGCUUAGUCGUUAUGUUAACACAGGUCGAUUGGAUAUAUAAACUUGAAUUGUUUUGUCGCUGCCUCUAAUGCAGGAUCUUCCAUGUAAAGUGCAUGCAUGCAAUGCAUGCCUUCUUCUUGGUAAACUAGUUUAUUGUUGCCCUUUAUUGUUUAACUGUAUCUUGAGGGCUUCAUCUUGGUCCACUUGCUAGCUUCAAAUGACUAUCCCUUCAUGUAGCAAAAAGGAAACUUGGAAGUAUUCGUUCAGUCUUAA